GUUGGACAGUUUGUGGCGCCGGCAGCAUCAUGAGUGACCCUAAUCCGUCGUUGAUGCUCUGGGAGAAGCGAAAGCGCGUCAAGCCAACGCUGUUUCAGGUGGAAAGCGCCGCAAAGAAGGUCAAGGUUGCGCCGUUGCGGCAGCCACCACGAAAGGGGGCACGACAGACACCAUCGAGGAGCAAAAAACCUCGGUCGGCACAACCAGCAUACGAUGAAGACGACGAACCGACAUCUCCUGCAAAGGACGUGGCUACUGCGAGGUCGAAGAAAUCGUUAAAGUCCGCCUCGCUCAAGGAUGUGAAUGUACCCAGUGUGCCGGAAAGCGUGCUGAAGCUCAUUGGAACGCCGUUCUACGACGAAGACGGUGCCGAGUGGCAUGGGACGACCAUCGAUUUCAACGACCUUGCAGAGCUUCGAGGGAUGUGGCAGCUACCUGCAGCGUGUCAUAUUCUAUGGCUUCUGCAGCAGCCUUUGAAAUUGAAGGUGUACAACUCGCUUCGGGAAUACGAGGCGGCGCUGCUGAACCCCACAACCAGCGCAGUGCUUGAGGACGUGUUCACGAAGCUUCUUCUCGGCAAGAAAGAGCGCGAACGACUGAACUGUGGAUUGGGUCUCGCAUACGACUGGUGGAGCAAGCGGCUGCAGGAGUUCUACUCUGAACGAUAUAGAAAGUGGAAUGCGUUGAAGGACAAGGCCAAGGCCCGUCAACCCACAGCCUCUGCCGACGACGUCGACGAUGACAACGAUUCGCUUGAUACGAUCGGUUUGAAUGACGACGAUGCGGUGCUUCUCACGACCAUCACGACGAGUUUGAAGCCGCUUGGCAGCCAAAACCCUUUGCAGACGAGUGAGUACAAGGACCUGUCGCCCAGUCUUCGUUGUAAAGUGUUGUUGAGUUUGUGCGAAACAGUGGUGCAGCAACCAGGCAACUUGUUCGUGGCGCAGCAACAAGGACGCUCGGACUCAUCACGCUAUCGUUGGCGUAGGGAAUACAUUCGAGAAAUGCAGGACGAUGACUUGCGCGUGACUCCCAUUGGGGUCGAUCGAUGUGGCAAUCAGUACUUUUUUUACCCACAGUUCUACCUCGAACGAAGAGUGUAUCGGCUCUCGGACGAUCCAAAGGCGGACGAAGGGAAGGUGUGGCAGCUGUGGGCCAAGGGUCUCGAGUCGGUGCAGUCGAUGCGGGAAGCCUUUGGCUCUAUCGCAGCGAAGAAGGGCAAGAAGUGGCCAGGAGAGUCGUCUCUGAUCGAUCAUCUCGACGCUAUGCUCGAGUUGAUGAGACAGGAUCGCAUCGAGGAGCAGAAGAACGAAGACAGGGCGUUGAAGCGCGCGAUCUUGGAAGCGAUGCCUAGGAAGCGAUCAGCGCGCAUUCAAGUGAAAGCGCUGGAGAAGUUUGAGGAUGAGAGCCAGCGAAAAGCCCAGGCGCAGGCUGAAGAGGAGGCGCGCGCAGAACAAAAGCGCGUCGAGUUGCUGGCGAGCAUGGAGCGAGAGCGCGAACAACAGGCGAAAAAGUUGGCAGCCCUUCGCGAGCAACGAGUGGCGUUGAAAAUCGACCGAGAAACGCGACGACAGAAACGAAUGGAACAGGAAGAAUCGCAGUUCGAGAAGGAACGACUGGACCGCGAAAGCCAGGAGCAACUUGCCCAGCAACAGCAAGCACAACGGGAACUGCGGGCUUUGCAACGGCAGCAAGGGUCGUCGUCAUUGCCUGGGGACUCUCCCAUUGACAUCACAGUUGCAAACCAACAGGAUGACACCGCUUAUGUCAAGACUCCGCCUGACCAGAAUCAAUCAAGCGCUGAUUGAACAAACUUGACUGCGUAGCUCGUGACGGCUGCGAUGUGACUACGACUUGUAAUGUGCCAUGCACGGUCGGUUGCUGAGUCCAACGGUGCACUUAACUCUUUCUAAAUAUUGUUGCAAGAGGCACACUAUUCGCUCGAGUGGGUUCCGAACUGGCUGUGGCAAUUGGUGAACGGUGCCGAACCAUGCAAGUAUAUGCUCGCGAGCAAG